CUGUCGGGUAAUCUCCGUGUUUUCGGGGUUCACCGCCGUCUCAGAGUUUCUUCUUUCUUCAGAACAUGGCUCUGCUGACGCCGCUGUUCGCCUUCCUGUAUCACCUGCCGCUGGUGUACAAAUGGCUGCUGAAGCCAUAUUAUGUGGCUUCUCUCUUUAUGUCUGUAGCCUUCCUAGCUGUCCGCAAGACCCCCGGCGUCUGCGACAAUUUGGACACACAGCGAGAGGAUGGCAACUCCUGCGACUUCGACUGGAGAGAAGUGGAGAUUCUCAUGUUUCUCAGUGCCAUCAUCAUGAUGAAGAACAGACGAGCGAUAACUGUGGAGCAGCACGUGGGAAAUAUCAUCCUGUUCAGCAAAGUGGCCAAUGUCAUCCUGUUCUUCAGACUGGACAUCAGGAUGGGAUUGCUCUACCUGACACUCUGCAUAGUAUUUCUGAUGACAUGUAAGCCUCCUCUGUACAUGGGACCAGAGUACAUCAAAUACUUCAGCGACAAAACCAUUGAUGAUGAAUUGGACAGAGACACGCGUGUGACCUGGAUUGUUGAGUUUUUUGCCAACUGGUCUCCAGAGUGCCAGUCCUUUGCUUCCGUCUAUGCUGAUCUUUCUCUCAAGUAUAACUGCACUGGCCUGAAAUUUGGCAAAGUGGACAUUGGGCGAUAUGGAGAGAUCUCAAAGAAGUACAAGGUGUCGACAUCUCCACUGUCCAAGCAGCUUCCCUCUCUGGUUUUGUUCCAGGGAGGGAAAGAGGUGAUGCGACGCCCCCAGGUGGACAAGAAGGGGAGAGCCGUAUCCUGGAGCUUCACUGAGGAGAACAUCAUCCGAGAGUUCAACCUGAAUGAGCUCUACCAGAAAUCCAAGAAACUCAGCAAGACAAAAGAGGACAAGCUGAGCCAAUACAAGUUCCCACCAGUCCCUGAGGAGGAGGAACCAGAAAUGCAAGGAGCUGAGGACCACAAGGACGAGACUGAAUCCAAAAAGGACAAAUAAGACGGUUAAAUAAGACAUAGCUCAGCUUUUGGAAACAGCGAGUCCAGAUCAGCUCCUCUUCGCUCUCCUCUUCUGUGUUCAGUGUGUUCACUCAUGAGUCAGUGUGGAUCACUGACUGGGAUGGAGGUUUAUUGAGAAUUAAAAUUAUCACAGUACUUAUGCCUCUAUUCAGCUCCAUUUAACACUAAACCUUUAAACCCUGUGAUUCACCAUAUGUGCAGCUACAGUGAUCCUGAUUUAGAACUGAAACAGUGUACACUUAAGAUGAGAAGCCAACUGAUUUGAGUAAACCAUCGUUAGAAGAGGAAUGUGAUGCUGUGAAGUGCUUUAAUAAUCCAUUUGCAUCUCGUUGUUAAAGUGUGCUCAGCACAUUUGUGGUGGUUAAAGCUGUGAAGCCCAUGUGACUGCUCAUUAGCAGAGUCAGCUGAGUUCUUACUAAUUGACAAUGAGGUAGCAGUGAAUGUGAUGCUACUUUGUUUGUUCUUGAUUUUUUUUUUUAUGCAACUAAUUUAAUUCAGAGUAGAUAUGAUUUUUUAAAAAUCCUUUAUGACUAACUUUAUAUUUAUGAUAACCAUAUGAUAACCUCUGACACACAAUGUAGGCUGUGUAUGACUUAGAAUUCCAUAGCAGUGUUUAAACAUGCCCAUUCCCUAUGGCUUGUGGUUCGAAAUGAGACACAACGUCAAUGUAACAUCAACACAUCUGCACAAGUCAGGUUGUGUUACUCAUGUUUACUAAGAUUUGGACCCAGUGUCCAUUCAUCUUCACGGGCUUCACUGUCACAUGUCAUGUUGCCGCCUCUAUUCUUCAAGUGAGAAAAUGUCUCACACAUUAACCAUCAAUGCAUGGCAGGCAUACCGUCAACAUGACAUGUUAUCUGAGCUGGAGGCACUCAUGUUGUAUUGUGUUUGAGAUUCAAAAUACACUGAAUAAUAAUAAUAAUAUUUUUAAUAUAAUUUUUAAUUAAUUAUCAUUUGUAGACCAUGUCACAAAGUCAGAGUUGAAGGAGCUAAAUGCAGGGCAGCAACUUCAAAUGAAUAUAUUAUCGUUUAUGUUAAUGACGAGGUACAGAGUGUAAAAGUGAGCAGAGCUUAUGGUUCAGCAUCAACUUGCAAUCAGAUCUCCAGGUCUGAACAAGGCCUGUGUAUUUUUCCAAAGUCUUACUCUCAUUUUAAAGUCAUGUUGGCCAAUCAAAACAAUGCAUUUUAAUUGGCUGAAUACUGGACACAUUGGCGGUUCUCUAGAUACGAUUUGUACAAUGUGAGAGCAUGUUGGCAGCUUCAUACAGAUGUUCUUUUUAAUAGUGAGACACCAUCACAUUCCAGGAUUGUCAGAGAAACUUGGCAUCCACUUACGUUUUUUAUUUUUAUGAAAUAUCCUCUACUCUAUGAUUAACCAGAAAUGCUGGUGAACUUCUUCUGGUCUCUUUGAACCAUAUGGAGGUUUCGUUGCAUUACCAUUAGAUUCCUAUGAAGUAUUUAGAGCUUUUGAUGCACUGUUUAGAUUUGAUUUUAGCUUACACUGAUGGUUUAUCCCUGUCCUUAUUUUGAUAUUCACACUUAUUGACCUUUUUGUCAUGUUACAUUUCAUUUGAGCUUCAUUCCAAGACUUGUAUGUGUAUUUGCUCCUUUACCUGGUGGAGAACUCCUCACAAGUCUGAAUUGUUUAGUUGUCCUUGCUAUUAAAAAUGUGCACAUGGAGAUUUUA